AUCGUACAUUCAACGUAUUAGGUGGACGGUUUGAAUCCUCGUACAUGGUUCGUUAACCAUUUAAUCGGUGAUAAUCACCGAGUAAUUUGAAUGGCGGACCCACCGUGGUAAAACUCGAAUGAGUGACACUACUCGUAGUACACUUCUUACAACCAUAUUCCCAAAAGAUUUCACUGAGUGAAUUCCCAGGUAAGUUGACGAGUACCACGAAGGUCUCGAUUAAAAACCACUAGCCUAGACAGAAUUCUCCCAUGGUAGCUGUCCAUUAUUCAAAUUUUCACAAAUCCGUUUGUGGUUUAAUAAUUAUCCCAAGUAAUCGUAUUAGGAUAAUUAUUCAAUCGCAGGCGUAAUUUCACAUAACUCAUUGCAUGAUAUCACGUCAUGAAUUAUUGAAGUAAUAACAACGAAGUCACAAGGAAUUUCACGAUUCAUAGGGAUCAAUUACAAAGUUGUAAAUUCCAAAUACUCGAUUAUGAAUAAUCCAAUUCUACUCGAGUAUCAAAAUCGUAAUAACGACAUUCUCCAUUAUAUCUUCGUUAAAUCCUCAGCUGUGUUCCAAUAUUAAACACAUAGCACGUAGUAAAACACCGUCUAUUCACCGCAGGGUCCACACACCUUAUUUAUGACGUAAAUCAACUCUGCACAGCUGCUGUAAAAAUUCCAAUACUCCUUGAUAAAAUUCUUCUCAUCUCUACGAUCCUGUAGGCGAAAACGCUUCAUCGUUUGGACGUCAAACGAACGAAUUACAUCCAAAAUACGAAUUUUGUCAGUUCUUGAAAUUCCAAGUACUGUAUAUGAAAUUUUCCAGUCAAAAUGGUCGUUGACCCUUCCUAUGGAAAAUCCGCGAGGUUCAUUUCUCCCUCGUCCGAUGUCGAAAAUUGAUUCCGUCAAAACGUGCAUGCUCCUAGGAUCACCCUCUUCGCAACGCUACCAACCACUUGAAGAAUGGUUGAGGUCGGAGUUGACGUCGUCGACGUCACGAGAUUCCGACGAAACUCCGGCGAGGCUCCGACAAGGCUUCAACGAUGCUUCUGGCUUCGUGGGAGACAUCCCCUGACCCUUAUGGCGACCUCCCAAACACCAUAACCCUCAACACUCUUAUUGAUCUAUCUCUCCCUUUUUUUUCCUUGUGUUGAGCUUCUUUCUCACUAUAUAUAGCAUUCCGGUGACGUAUUUAUUCAAUGGAAGAUCAUACAGUUGGGAGGCAUUAAUUUCAAAUUCAGUCCACUGUGCUAGUACAGCUCAUGGAACGGUGGAUUUUGUGAUUAUAUAUACAAGACAUAUAUGCUAGAGGAUGUGGUCCUCUUUUUUCCUUACGUUUGCAUAUAUAAAAAAUGAUGUUGCUG